CCUGUCCCAAUGCAAGCUGUAUCGGGAGGGCGCCUGUCUCUGCCAUGUGACAUUACAUCUCCGAUUUCUGACGAUGAGGUAUAUUUAGUACUUUGGUAUAAGGAUGAGGUAGCUACACCUAUUUACAGUUUAGAUGCACGAAGAGGCCAACUGGGUCAAGCUAGGCAUGCUACAAGUGAAACUUUAACAGGAAGGGCUUACUUCAGCUCAGUUCCUCAGCCAGCCGUUCUACAAAUAGACAAAGUAUCACUGGAAGAUGAAGGAUUGUAUAGAUGUAGAGUAGACUUCAGGAAAGCUAGAACUCAACAUUCUGCUCUAUCCGUGACCGUUGUCGUUCCACCGGGUGCUCCCAUCAUAAAAGACUAUAAUGGAAAAGUAUUAAGUGCUGUUAUUGGACCUUAUAAUGAAGGCGAUAGUUUGCACCUAAUUUGUCAGGCAGAAGGGGGUAAGCCUCCCCCCUCUCUGAUGUGGUGGAGGGGUCGAAGAAUCAUUGAUGAUAGUUAUGAAACGCCAUCUCUUGGUACAACUCGAAAUGAGCUUUACAUAGAAAAACUACAGCGUCGGGAUUUGAUGGCAACUCUGACAUGUCAAGCAGCUAAUAACAACAUCUCACCUCAUGUGGAAGCCUCUGUGACACUGGAUAUCAACUUCAGGCCACAGUCGGUCCAUGUGAAGGGGAAGCGCAAGAAACUAUCAGCCAAGAAAACUGUUCAGUUUGAAUGCGAAGCGAAAGGUUCAAGACCACCUUCUGUCAUCUCUUGGAGAAAAGGAAGUUAUAAACUGAAAAGUGCGGUUUCCAGAGUAUUGGCGCAAGGAAAUAUCACAACUAGUACACUGACCAUUACUCCGACGAGUGACGACAAUGGGAAGUUCUUGUACUGUCAAGCAGAUAAUCCAGCGAUACCAGGAAGUGCAAUAGAAGAUGGUUGGAAGUUAGAUGUACACUAUGUGCCGCAGCUAAACUUACGACUGGGAAGUAAACUUCGUCAUUCUAAUAUAUUGGAAGACAUGGAUGUUUAUUUCGAAUGUAAUAUUCGAGCUAAUCCCUGGGUUUCCGAAACUGGCUGGCGAUUCGAGGGAUACGAUUUGCAGAACAAUUUGACAGCUGGUGUGGUCAUCAGUAAUCAAUCUUUAGUCCUUCAAAAGGUCAAUAGGAAUAAUCGAGGAAGAUACAGCUGCACUGCAACUAACAGUGAAGGCCAGGGUGAAAGCAACCAUGUGUAUCUGAGAGUACAAUAUUCUCCUGUGUGCAAACCUGAUCAAGAGUCUAACUAUUCGGCACUCCUAAGCCAUCCUGUCGAAAUACCAUGUGAAAUUGAAGCGGAUCCAGAUGAUGUCAACUUUCGAUGGGAAUUCAAUGGCACUUCUGCAGGUGGUGAUCAACAAGUGAUACCUAUUCAUGGAUCAACUACCCGGAGCGUACUUAAUUAUAUCCCUCGAUCUGAACUGGACUUCGGCAUAAUCUUCUGCUGGGGCAAGAACACUGUUGGACCUCAGAGGAAUCCAUGUGUUUUCUACGUCAACCCUGCAGAACCUCCGAAUCCAGUAUACAACUGUUCUGUCACUGAUCAAAUGGAUCGCUCUAUAAAAAUCCUUUGCAACGCAUCUACUGAAGACAGUGCAGGACUUAUGGAGUACUUCUACAUUGAAAUCACAUCGAGCGGGGAACUUCUGCAGAACUUCAGCUCCGAUAUUCCUGAGUUCACAGUAAAAGGACUAAACCCGGGAACGACGUAUUCAGCUUUCAUUUAUGUCAGCAAUGACGCCGGUAGGAGCAAACCUGUGAUCAUUGAAGUCCAAACAAAUGUUUCACAAAAUAUCUCGACAGUUGAAGGAGAUGUAUGGGACAUAGACUCUAGCCCUAUCAUCUUCACUGCAAUUGCUGUUGCGGGUAGUGUAAUUCUAGUUGGCUUAAUAAUCACACUUGUGCUCAAGUUACGUCUAUCAAGGAGAAGCAGUAAAGAUUCACUUUCUGCUCAAGGGAAUGAAAAAUCUGCUCAUAAUUCUGAGAAAUCUGGCGACUCUUGUUCUGAAGGCUGUACAUGUUCAAGAGAAGAGGAAAAAAUCAGAGAAAAUAUUCCAGAUGUGGUUGUCUUCAGUGAAAAGGCAAAAUCUGAAGAAGAAGACAGGAUGAAAGCAUCUUAUUCUCCCAAGAGCUCAUACUGGAAUCCAAUCACUUUAAGCUCAGAGCAAGAAAUGUUACCUCAAGCAAAGAUGAAGGCAUGUUUCUAAGAGCUCUUAUUCAUCCUUUAGUAUUCACUUUCAUACUAAGGAAAGCUUGAAUUUAAAGAAAGAUUUGGCUGUCAGAUGAAAUGAACAGAAUCCGAGCAUCUGCAGAUUUUAUAUUCAAAAACUACGCGUCAUUAAACAAAUUGAAACUGCAGUUAUUUCUUAUAGUUUUAGAAUAAAAUCUGAUAUUU